UGCAGCCAUUACCUCCGUAACAUAGGCUCAGCCACUGAGCUGAGGACGUGCGGGAUAGUUUAGACCCUGUUGGGGGUUCAAAGACCAAAUAAGUGGUCAUGGGCAAUUGUAUCCGAAGUCCAAAGUCCUGACAUUCACUCGGGGAACAUGGGCGACAAAAAGAUACUGUGCAUUGGGCUGGUAUGUCUUAGAUAUUAUCAAACGUAGUUGGAUCAAUAUCCGGAAGAGGACACUGACAGCAGGUGUUUGUCCCAACGAUGGCAGCGUGGCGGAAACGCGUCCAACUCGUGCACGGUGCUAUCUCUCCUUGGGGCUCCGUGCGCGUUCAUGGGGUCGCUAGCCCCUGGACAUGUUGCGGACUUUGUACUAGAUGACUUUAAGAAGUAUCAGAUUGACAUCUCUCUCCUAUCAGAACACGAACACUGCUCCUUCCCUGCCUCUAUGGUCAUAAGCAAUGUGACCACGGGCACGCGCACCAUCCUACACAUGAACAGCUUCAUCGUGGGCGAUUUUGUGCGCCGCGGGGUGGACAUUUCCGCCGUUGCCUGGCAGCAAGAAGGCGAGACUCCGUGUGCAUGUUGCGUGGUGUGUCCCGCCAGCGGCUCACGCACGGUCGUGCUCUCCGACACAAACCUGCCUGAUGUGUCAGCGGCAGACUUCUCCCAGGUAGAGCUAAAUCAGUAUAAGUGGAUCCACUGGGAGGGUCGUAACGCUGAGGAGCAGGUGAAGAUGAUCCAGCUCGUGGAGCAGCAUAACAGCACGUUGCCACAGCAACAACGGAUCACUGUGUCCGUGGAGAUUGAGAAGACGAGGGAGCCACUAUACCAGCUCUUCCAGUACGGUGAUGUGGUGUUUGUCAGUAAGGACGUGGCGCUGCACUUCGGCUUCCAGUCUGCCCCCAGCGCUCUGAAGGGCCUCUACUGCAGAGUGAAGAAAGGAGCCGUCCUCAUAUGUGCCUGGGCCGAAAAAGGCGCAGAUGGUAUGGGUCCUGAUGGCACGGUCGUCCACUCGGAUGCCUUUGCCCCAGAGGUCCUUGUGGACACGCUCGGAGCCGGCGACACGUUCAAUGCAUCCGUGAUCUACACCCUAUCGAAUGGAGAGGGGCUACAAGAAGCUCUCACGUUCGGUUGCCAGGUGGCCGGCAAAAAGUGCGGCUUCCACGGCUAUGACGAAAUCGCGGUGUAGGAGUAGUGAAGAACACAAAGAAGGAGCGAGGAGGACGAGAGUCUGGUCUGGUGAUGCUUGGAGCUCGCUAGAACCUCUUCAGGCAGAGUGGGACAGUCACCCGUGCCUGAACCAGCUUCCUGGACACGCCCACUAAAUUAUAAGCAUUCAUUCCUAGAAAUCACAGAGCUACGGACAAGACAAGCAGUAACCCAGGAAUACUCGCCGUAACAGUGAAUGUUUUAGUUGCUAUAGUAGAAGUGUGCUUUUUGAGGAUCUUUGUCAUUGGAUUGAGCUGUGUGGCAUAAUCCUGUUUUAGUCUUACAUCCCAGUGCUAUAACUUGGAACCACUGAACAAUCUAUGGCAGUUUUUCAACAGUGGGAUAGCUGUUUGGUUGUUUGGUAGUAGAUGUAUAUAUCUAUUACCAUACAUACAUACAUAUAUAAUGUUCUAAAUUUCAUUUCUAAGAUUGCAUACCCCUAUGAUAGUCAGGUAGGGUUAUUCUGUGCUCUCUCUGUGCUCUGCCUAAAUCAACUUGGAUUAUUAGUGUGUGUUUAUUUAAAUUAGUCAGACUUGAUAUUGCUUUGGAAACUAGGCCUGUGUGGGGAAUGCCUGUGAGAGAUUGAUGACACUAUAAUUUAAGGGUUUUUCCCUUAUCAACACACUUUAUUUUCAUUUCUACAAACAAGUCUUGGUAUCAGGAUGAGGAAAGAUUUGUGGAGGAACACUGUCUUAUAAAGGGUAGAAAAUCUCCACUUUUCAAAUGGCUUCAGCAGACACCUUGAUAUGGGUUGUUUUUCUUAGUCAUUGCAUCAUUAAGGGCAAUAAACAAAACAACUGUAAUAAUGAGCCUCCGAGUUCCCAAAUGGUAAUGAUACAAAACAACUGUAUUAAUGAACCUCCAAGUUAGUGUACUGUACUGAGAAAACAACAUUACAGGUACAGUACUGUGCAAAAGUCUUAGGCGUCUGAAAGUUGGAACUAAACCCAUUUAUUUGGGUAGUAAGGGUUUAUUUGUACAAAAAAACACUACACAAAUUAAUGGCAUUUGUUCAAAUUUCAGGUGCCUUAGACUUUUGCACAUUACUGUACAUUAUACUGUUAGUUCCAAAAUAUCACAUCAAGUCAAACUCCUUCACAAAAAUAAAAGGAUUGCUUUGAAAGUAAAAGUGAUUAUACUCUAAUAAAAGCUUUGGCUCAUUCAUCAAUACCUUUUGUUGUUUCCUUCCACCAGUAUUGUAGAAUGUGUUAGCUGCUUAUUAAUAAACAACUUCUAGAAUGUC